AUCGCUGGUGAUAUAUCUUCUACUUCCAGAUAACUGAGUGUUACGUCUAGAAAUAGAACAUGCCGGUCUGACGGUAGUCAAGAACAAGCCAGAGGUGAAGUGUGUUGGAGUGGUGAUGGAUGAGGAAGCGGUGUGUCCGAUCUGCUAUGAGAGUUGUUCGGACGCGACUCGGACGUUGAGUUGCCGACACGCGUUUUGCCACGACUGCCUGGUCGGGACGUUUGUGAGCUCAAACUAUUACGGAGUUUUCACCAGAGAUACGAUUAUCUGCCCCGUGUGCAGACAUGUGACGUUCGUUACCAAGGGACGGAGUCGGGGACACGGCGGAGAUAAGGAGAAAGACGGGAAGGUGUUGGAGGUCCCACUCAGGUCCGCUGCGCGCUCCGGGAACGGACCCCUGCUACACUGUUUGAGAUGGAUGAGCCGCCAGAAGCUGGUGUGUCCUAAAGACUGCUCGCAGGUGUUCAUCAUCAGCGAUCUGGGACGCCCUUUGGCCGAGGAGGACGUUAUUGAUGUUGGGAUAAGUGCCGUGAUUCGAGAGAACAGUGAUCACAGCCGUAGACCCUGCACAACAUCCCACUGCCUGCUGCUUAUAUUAAUUGUUUUUAUCGUGCUGGCUUUAAUAGCCGCAACACUGCCUUGGGUUUUUCUGGCUUGAGGAUUAUUGCCUUUUGGGAAACCUUACUUUAUUCUCAUUCCAAUCGGCACACUUAGGACUACAGGACGUCUUCAGGACUAGAGGUUUACCUGGAAUGUCUUCAGGACCCAUUAAAGGAUAAUGUUCGAAAUCCUUAAGCUAGAAUCAUCUUCAAGAUUACCUAAAGACCUCUUAAUAAGUCUUCAUUUCUUAAGACCUUUUACAGACAAACUGCAGACAACAUAAUAUUUGUAAGUGUUUAUCAGUUAUUGACAAUGGAUCGUUUUCUGACACGCUGCAAGAACUUUAAAAGCGCUUGAACCUUUUGCCACAUUUCAUUUCACCAGCUUUUUUUCUAAUUAUUUUGUACUUUGGGACUCCUGCUAUCCUAUCCCCAACACAGGACACAGCAGGGUGCUUUUUCACCAAACACCUGCUGAUCAGCUGAGUGGUACCCUGGGUGCCUCUGCUAGUAAAUUAUUAAUUUGAAAAAGGAUCAAAGUGAUCAAGUCUGGGAGGGUUGUUGCUUUGAAAGGGGGGCAUGUUUACUGGAUAAAAUUUCACCUUUUUCUGUGGUGUACUGCCUUGGUACAGCCUGCAUACCUUUUUAGACACACCUCUGCUUUUCAAGAACAUCUUGUCACGCAGGUUAGAAAAUUAAAUGACUUUUCCUUCACGACUUGAAAAGGACUCUUUCAAUGGUAUAUAGCUUUUUAUUUAAGGUCUCAGUAACAAUGACAAAUGCCUAUUAAAAGCAAUGUAUACUCUUAAAAACCAGCAUAUGUAUUUAAAUAAAAAAGAAGUCAGACCACAAAUAUUAAAAAUGUAGAGUUUAAUAUAGAUA